AUGUCUACUAUGGCUACCGAGAAUAUAGAUCCAACUGCUUUGACUAAAACCUUCCACUGGUCAUUUCAGACAACCCAAAGAACGCAUCACUACAACAUCAAAUGGUGCUCCUUCGGCUGUAUUGGCCGCCAACAAGUCAUUCUUAUUCACGGCACCCCAUGGUCCUCACGCGUCUGGAAACCUCUUGCCCUAGCCCUUGCCAGGCAUUACCACGUCUUUCUUUUCGAUAGCCCCGGCUUCGGCGAUUCACCACCAGAGGAAGAAGUAUACGGAGAAUCCGACUCUUCCAGAACUGAGGUGGAAAGGCUCGAUGCCAACUUGGAGAGGCAGUCUCGGGCUUUCGCAGCGCUGUACAAGGAGUGGGAUAAUUUGCAUGGGAACUGGAAGCCUCAUGUUAUUGCGCACGACCAUGGGGGCUUGAUGGCCCUGCGCGCCUUCUCGAUCCAUGCCUGUCAAUUCGCAAGCCUUUGUCUGAUCGAUGUCGUCGCGAUAGGACCCUUUGGCCAGCCACUGUUCAAGACCGUCGCUGAGAACCCCCAAAUCUUCGAGAACCUACCAGACAGUGUCUUCGAGGGCAUAUUAGAGUCGUACAUACGGGACGCCGCUUUCAAAGACUUGUCCUCAGAGACCAUGGAGAUGCUCAAAGGGCGCUGGAAGUACGAAGACGGGAAGGUUGCGUUUGUUCGUCAGCUUUGUCAGGCGAAUUCGCGAACUACGGAGGAUGUCGAGCAUCUCUAUUGGUCAAUCGGAAGCGAGAUACCUGUUCAAAUCGUAUGGGGUGAGCAGGACCAAUGGAUACCGGUCGAGACUGCUGAGCGGCUUGCAAUGGCGCUUAAUGCGAAAAGAGUGGUGCGGAUUGAGGACGCCGGACAUCUUAUCAUGUACGACCAACCUGAAGCACUAGCUAUGGAGUUGGUAAACUGGCUGGUCAGUGUCAAACCACGUCCUCUGGCGAAUUUGUUGGCGGCACCAAGCGACUGA